AUGAGUUUCUGUAGGAAAUUGUUCAAUGUGCAUUUGGAAUAUAUGAAACGAGUUGGUUAUUUAGGAGAUCGACAACUCGCUUUCUGUUUGCUCUCUCUGCCAAUUUUCUGUUGUUUUGCUACAUUUUAUAGGAUAUAUACAAUUUGGAAUAAUUUCGAAGAAGUUGUGGCAAAUUUAUUCAAAGUUUCAGGUCUAGUUACGAUAACAAUUCGAUCUUUUUUGGUGCUCUCCAAACAGGAGAGGUUCUUGAAUUUUUUCGACGAUAUUGAGAACUGGUAUCUUGACCUACAGAUCGAAAAUAACGAAAUGACAAUGCAAAAACUACAUGGAUUCACCCGAAAAACACGACGUGCCUCCAUAUUAUUAUUCAGCAUCAUGAUAAUCUGUAUUUUUUGUCUUUCCUCCAUACAGAUGAUGACCAGUAGUAGCAAACUACUGGUGGAAGUUCAAUUCCCAGGCAUCGAUUUGUACGCAAGUCCAUAUUAUGAGAUAAUCUCCGUUUUACAAGCCUUAUGGCUUGCACCAAUAGUACUUUUAACGUACGUUUCAUAUUUGUGUGUGCUUAUGAUAUCCAUCUCGUUCGGCAUUUUCCUAAUGAAAGAUCUGCAACAGAAAUUGGAAAGUAUGUCUGAGAUGAAUGAAUUGGAAGCAUUAAAAUGCAUUAAAAAAUGCAUACAACGCCACGUACUAAUACUCAAAUAUCACAAGGACUUGGAAGCAUUAUUUUCUGUUGGAAACUUUGUAGAUGUCAGCAUUUUUUGCAUAAUACCUUGCGUCAUAAUCGUUUAUUCAAAUAUGGACUACAAUCUGGCUUUUAUGAUUACAGACAUUCAACUAGUUUUUAUUGUAACAAUUUCGACAUAUUUCAUCUUUUGGCUGGCCAACUGUUUUUGCAUUGAGGGUAUAAAUAUUGCUCACGCUGCCUAUAACUGUAAUUGGAUUGAUCGUAACAAGGACUUUCGCAAACACAUCUUGUUAAUAAUGGUUAUUGGUCAAAAGCCCUUAGAGCUCACUGCUGGCGGCCUAAAGCCUAUGAAUAUGAAUUCUUUUCUGGCGAUAGUGCGUUUUGCUUAUUCAUUCUUUACCAUUCUAAAAGGAACUAAGAAAGAUAAUUAAAUGGAUACUAUAAUUAAAUGGAUCACUCGACGAACUGCU